AUGGAUGGGCUCCUAGAACAGACCAGUGUGUUAAUGCACAGUAAAAUCGCUGAAGCUGGGAAAAAGAAUGGCUUAAUUAACACCAGGAACUUAAUGGCGGAGAACAGAGAUGGCCUGGUCUCCGUGUACCCAGCCCCACAGUACCAGAGCCACAUUGUGGGGAACCUCGCUGCUCAAAGCAGGAGCGACCCGGUGCAGCAGCUGCUGGACCCCAAUAUGCUCCAACAGACCGUGGGGUCCCACUACCGCCCCAACAUCAUCCUCUACUCGGAGAACGUGCUGCGCUCCUGGGGGGAGAGCGUGAGCGCCGAGUGCUGUGAGACCACCUUCAUUGAGGACCGCUCCCCCACUAAGGACAGCCUGGAGUACCCCGACAGCAAGUUCAUCGACCUCUCCGCUGACGACAUCAAGAUCCACACCCUCUCCUAUGACGUGGAGGAAGACGAGGAUUUCCAGGAGCUGGAGAGCGACUACUCGAGUGACACAGAGAGUGAAGACAAUUUCCUCAUGAUGCCCCCAAGGGAUCAUCUCGGCCUCAGCGUAUUCUCCAUGCUCUGCUGCUUUUGGCCACUGGGAAUUGCUGCCUUUUAUUUGUCACACGAGACGAACAAAGCAGUGGCCAAGGGAGACUUCCACCAAGCAAGCUCCAGCUCCCGGCGAGCACUCUUCUUGGCCGUGCUGUCAAUCACGAUUGGAACUGGCAUCUAUGUGGGGGUUGCCGUGGCUCUGAUCGCCUACCUGUCCAAGAACAACCACUUGUGA